AUGCCAAAGCCCAACGACCCCGACUAUAAAGCCGCCAAAAGAGAUGCCUUCACAGUGCAUCCAUCGAUGCAGGAUGUGCUACAAGGGGCAGGUUACAACAAGGAGCGAGCCGAAGCCAUCGCCGUCUCCCAGCAUAUCCAUGAAAUUGCAAGCGACUUGACGCAGAAAACUGAGAAAGCAACCCACGGCAUUGUACCCAAAGGUUCUGAGGCCGCUCAAGCACAAAGCGAAGAUGCAAAGGCUCGGAGGAUCGCAGAUCAAAUGCUGGGGACUUACACUGAGCGGAUGGAAGCGCUGAGAAGUGCACGCUUGACAGUGGAGGCUCUGCAGGAGGAUUUUGAAAAGAAAAGAGUGGCUCAGACAGGAAAUGCAGACCAGAUGGAGGGAGGUGGUAGGAUGUAGACUGGAACUUGUACAUAUCAUCUUCAUUAAGUGUGAGGCAUUUCAAAC